AUCAUGUGUAGAGUCAGUGUCAUGGAUCUUGCUGCGGACCAGUUGCGAUACCUUUACGAACGAUAGAAAAUAAUAUCCGUACGAUACGGAUAACCUAAUACAGUUAGAAAAAGAAACUGACAUCUAUGCAUAGGAAUAGUUUACACUGAUAACGCCAACACGAGUUAUAAUAAUAAGAGACGUCAGGAGACACCUGACCGGAAGCGAUGAAAUAAUAAUAAUAUGAUACGUUACAAAGGAUAUGUAUAUGAAAAUUGGUGCAGACGUGAACAUUGUUAAAUCAGUGACACGAGACAUAAAAAAAGCAAAUGGAAGGGAUGUUAGUGACGCCAUUUCAAAUAGUUGUUAAGACUGUUGGUGAUUGUCUAGUCUUCAAAAUAUUUCAUACGGUUUGAUAUAGAAUUUUGUAUUAUGUUGAAUCUGAUAACCACCCGUAUGUAAUAAAUAGACGAGUCAUGGUUUACAUGUUUAAGAUAUCCUUAACAUUCAGUUGUUGAUAUAGUAAAAUGUUUUAGAAAUGAUGCACUAUUUCAAUAAUUGUGUAUAUGUGGAUUUUUUUUCGCAACACGCAUAGAGUGACGCAAAUAAAUAAUGUAUAAAUGAAAAUCAAAACCCCACGUGACAUUUCAUCGAUGAAGCCCUAGGAGUGUUGCGCCGCUGCACCACAAGUUCGCCAAGUUCUAUCUCACAAUGUCGCAUUUUAUCCUCCCGUUACAUAACACGUGCGCAUCGCGAGUUACCCCACCCGCUCGCGAAAGAGUGGGUGAGUCACACGACAUAGCAGCAACAGCGUCGAGGGUCUAUAAGCACGGACACACUGCCUUGUAGGUCACAUUACGGUCCGCCGCUGCCCCGAGUUGACCGGCCGUCUUCUGCUCCGUCUGUUUCGCCUGCUUCGUCUACGCCAUUUACUUCAUCUGCCGUCAAUUCAGCGUGUAGAGGGACUCGCUCUUGAGGGACAAGAUGGUGCCUUUCCACGAGGCAGCGCUGGCUCUCCUCCUCGCCUCGUCUCUGGCUGCGUCUCCUCCGCACAUCGAAUCCCCGCCCAGUGACAACCGAGGGGACAGAAGGCCGGGCACUGCCAUCGGUGACCAGUGCCAACCCAAGGGCGGAGGGCAAGGGGAGUGCCGGGAGCUCUUCUCUUGCCUUUCGGUCGCCAGGAACAUCAGGAGGGCCACGCCGAACAUAUGCUCCUUCAGGGGCCACGCGCCUAUCGUCUGCUGUCCGAAGGCAACCGCAACUCACGAAGAGCCCGGACGAAACGCCUCUUUCACUCCACCUGGAAUUUCUGCGCCUAAACUGGACUUUGCCUGCGGGCGCCGGUCCAAGCAGAAGCACUCUCUCGCAGGCGAUGUCGUGGGCGGCGUAGAAUCCAUGCCUAACUCGUGGCCCUGGAUGGCAAUAUUAGGGAGGCUAGAAGCGCGGGGUCGCGUCACGUGGUUUUGUGACGGCGUCCUCAUCUCGCCCUCCUUCGUCCUCUCCGCUGCACACUGCGCUGCGAAGAGCUCCGUGGACGUGGUCCGAGUCGGAGCCCAUGAUCUCAGGCAACGCGGGGCAGCCCAGGAGGACCUGCCUGUCGAGAAAGUGAUCCUCCACCCAGAUUACGCCUUUCCAAGCUCCUCCCACGACCUGGUUCUAUUGAGACUUCUUAGGCCCGUCACUCUCGGUCCUCACGUCACUCCCGCCUGCCUUCCCUGGACUGCCCAGGACGCGCCAGACCUCAGCGGGAGGAGGCUCAUUCUGACCGGGUGGGGGGCGAUGGAGUUCGACGGAGAGAUGAGUAACGUCCUGAGGGAAGUGACAGUGGAAGUGUUCCCGGCGAGCAAGUGUGCCUCUGCCUACGGGUCCGUCGCCCACUACGCCAGGCGGUGA